CGUCAAAGCUGCGUAGGCGGGACUCAAACAAUCCACUCGUGUUCCCUGUACUGUGGACUGUGCGCCACAGCAGACCAAGAGCGGGGCAGACAGUAGUACAACAACGGCUGCAUCUACUCUGUGACCGGAGGACGGCUGUUCUCAGACCCUGAGGUUUACCGCUGUUCAGAGUCCCGCAAAUUGAGCCUGUAUCUUACCGCCGGUUCAUCCCUGAAACUAUUAUAGGCUAUCUAUAAUAUUUUUUUUUUGAAGAGCGAGAACAAUUCCGUUUUCAAAAGCAAGACAGUCUACGGGUCGUGAAGUCGGUUGUGUUAACCUCUUUUCCCAGGGACGCACAAAAGACGCACUCCCAAGUCUACCUGGAUAGCUGACUAAAGCCGUCCGGUCCGGUUCAAGGUCCAGUGGGGAGAGACGGGGAGGAGAAAUUAGCGCGGAAGACAAGAACAAGACAGAAAGAAGACAGGAUGAAUCUCAAGAGUCAUUUGAUUUUCACCCUCUGCACUAUUCACGGGGUUCUUCUGAAAGUGAUGGCUUCAAAAGGCAAAGGUCGAGGCACAAAUGGUCAGCACCCCUUGGUUCAGAAUGUCACAGUGACAGAGGGCGGGACGGUAAACCUGACCUGCCGUGUGGAGUAUAAUGACAACACCUCCCUCCAGUGGUCAAACCCAGCACAGCAGACCCUCUUUUUCGGGGACAAGAAAGCUUUAAGGGACAACAGGAUUGAGCUGGUACAUGCAUCAACGUCGGAGCUGACCAUCAGUAUCAGUGAUGUCACGCUGUCUGAUGAGGGCAUGUACACCUGCUCUCUCUUCACCAUGCCUGUCAGAACAGCCAAAGCCUACCUGACUGUUCUAGGUGUGCCAGAGAAGCCAGAGAUCGAUGGCCUGACAAAGCCUGCCUUGGAGGGAGACCACAUCACUCUGACCUGCAUCACUCAGGGCAGCAAGCCUGCCGCCGAUCUGCGCUGGUUCAGGAAUGAGAAGGAAGUCUUAGGUGCCAAAGAGGUGAAUGCAAGUGGGAAGACAUUUACAGUACGGAGCUCUCUGCAGCUGCACGUGGACAGAAAUGAUGAUGGAGUGGCCUACACCUGCAGAGUGGACCAUGUGGCACUCUCACAGUCACCACAGCAGGCAACCGAAGUACUGGAGGUCCACUAUGCUCCUCGUGUGGAAAUCAUCCACUCUCUUGCAGUCCCUCAGGAGGGUCAGUACUUAAAGCUGGAGUGUGUGUCCAAAGGAAACCCCUCACCAGAUCCUGUGAUGUGGACAAAAGACGGAGGUGAACUUCCUGACCUGGACAGGAUGAUUGUAGAGGGGAGGGAGCUCACCUUUACUUCACUCAACAAGACAGACAAUGGCACCUACCGCUGCGAAGCCAGCAACCACCUAGGGACCAGCAGUGCCGAAUAUGUACUCUACGUCUAUGACGUCCCCACCACCCUGCCUCCAUCCACCACUCCCCCCCUACAUCCCAUCCUUCCAGAUCCUACUGCUCUAUUAGGCGCCUCAGACCCCACAGUCACUGGCAACAGAGAUCCCAACGCUCUGGGGCAGCACGGCACUGACCAUGCCUUGAUCGGAGGAGUGGUGGCUGUAGUGGUCUUUGUCACCUUGUGUUUAAUCAUUGUUCUGGGAAGAUAUCUGGCCAGGCAUAAAGGAACAUACUUGACAAAUGAGGCCAAAGGAGCGGACGAUGCACCCGACGCCGACACAGCCAUCAUCAACGCUGAGGGCAACCAUGCACACGCAGAAGAAAAGAAAGAAUACUUCAUUUAGACUGCAGAGGGAGCUGUGCGGCUCUCUCCUACACCUUUCCCCAGUUUCAAUCUCUGUAUCUCUUUUUCUCUCUUACCGUCUCCCCCUUUUCUUCUCCACCUCUGACCACUGCCCCAGUCAUGUCAACGAGGAACCCGCAGGCAGUCCAGACAGAGAAGUUCCCCAAGUGUUUUCCUAUUAUUGCCUUUUGUUGAGCCCAUUUCUAUCAUUUACAUCUUUUUCUUUCUUUCUUUGUGUUUUUUUUUUUUUAUUUCUUUUUGGUAGCUUUUUGGUUUUCACAGGCAGCUUGUCGUUGCUGCUGAAGUUGCCCCCCUCUCUCAUAUAUUUCCUCAUCUUUGACAUGAAAACCUGGAAAUCUGUAUAUCUACCAUGACUGCUUCUUACAUGACCUCUUGUUCAUCUUCUCUCCUGUUGCCCUCCAACUAGACACCCAAACACGUACCCCCUUUUGCUUACACACAUCCACAAACACAUAUCAUAUCUCACAUCAACACGGUGCCUAAAAAUACAGACGCCAUUGAACUUCUGUCAAUGCCUUCAUGUAUCGUCUGUCAGUAGCAAUGUAAAUGCUUUGUAGAUGGUUAACUGGACCAUCAUUUCAUUGCUUAGCUCACAGCUUUUGAUUAUGCAUUGCAUCUUUUUUUAUUUGAAUGAAGAUCUGUGCUGUUUACGCCUUAUACAUGUCUAUCACACUGAAUAUGGUACUUUUAGAUGUUCCACCUCCCCGACCCCAUCCUCUAAAUAGACUUGUAAUUAAACAGUUGACCCUUGUAAGAUAAGACGAAGGUUUUGUGUAACACUGUAGCAAGGUUUGUCAGAUAAGUGUAUAGUAUGAUUUUCAUUAUUAGGGUAGGGGUAAAGGGUAGUGCGGUAUUGUUUAGAGCAGAGAGUACACACCAAAAAUAUAUGAAAGAUGCUAGAUGAAGCAUUCCAUCAAAUAAACUCAAUCAAGUAUAUAAAACCAUUUGCUAAUCUGCUGUUCUUAUGUACUUUUGUCUGUAUAUUCCUGCACUGCCCAAGCUGCAGAGACAUCUUCAGUGUCCCCUUGAUGGCUUACAGCAGUUUGUUAUUCACAUAAUGGGUUCAGGUGUACAGAAAGAGUCAAUCACUUCUCUCUAAAAGCUGUAUAAAUUGUAUUGAAAUAAGUUUAGCUUUUCACUUUGAAUAAUUUCAUUUAUCUUUAUGUCACAUUGAAAUCAUUUUAAGGCUUAAAGAUCCCAUGAAAUGAGCUAUUAGGAGUUAAUACAGGACAAAAAACAAGUGCACAGUUACAGUAUGUACAGGAAAAGCUAUUCACUAUUCACUAUUUCAGUAAACCUAAGUUAAAUUGAUACCUCUGUCAGCAUGAGGUCCAGGCAGCUUUCCACAGUGGUUUGUGUACAAUUUUUUUGUUCAUUUACUUUGGCCCAUAGACUUUAUCAAAUUAUAUUAUUACUUUAUGCAAGUCGUGAUAACACAUUUUAUGUUUUUAUUGCCACCUCCAAAGUUAAUUUUCAGCAGUUUCUGACAAUUGAGUUACACUGUAGAUAUCACAUCGUACACUCCCACCUCUCAGUCUGCAUAAUUGCUCUUCUUAUUUCCAUUUUCUUGGAGCCGCUCUCCAUGAACUGAACUUUGAUUUCCAUUUCAUGGGGUCUUCAAGCAAAAAAAAAAAAAAAAAAAAAAAAGAAAGAAAUAGCAUGUGAGUGCUGGUUCAUAGAUCUGCAGGGGCCUCCUUUCCAAAACUAAAAACUGAAGACAAAUAAAGAAGCACAAAAACGUCUGAGUAAAUGAAUGAGUAUUCAAUAAAUGAGUAACUGUGUUCCUUUGCCAACAACUAGAUUGCCUUGGGAAUGGUUCUUCUAUUCAGAUGGGUAGUGGAAAGAUGACAAUACUGGGAAAAAAUAUAGUGCAUCUUUUUGAAAAUGUAAGCAAAAUCAUGUUUUUUUAUAUAAAAAAAAGUUUCUAAUAUUUUUGGUUGAAAUUGUUCUAAGCUCCCUGCUGUAUAUUGUGUCUGCUAAAAUGUGGUUGAUUGUGAAAAUUGCUGUUAAAUUCUGGAUCCUCGUAUUCCUUCAAAUUUGUAUAUUAGCCACCUUAUCUAUUUAGUUUUUAUCAUUUGUCAUAUGGCAUAAUCUUUAUUAGACAACUUUUAAACAAACAUAUUUUCUUUUGGCACAAGGCAUGUAUAUAAUGUGUGAGAACUGAACUUUGGUAAUACACAUUGGCAUGUUUUCGAUGAGUUCCUUUUCAUGUUUAAUUUAUUUGAACUGAAAUUAUUUAAGAGAGAACCACAACAAAAGUAUAUUUGUAAUUUAAUUUUGGAGAACAGUGGCUUUUGUGUUUGUGGCAUGCUCAUAUGUGCUACAGAUUUGAAGGGUCUGGCGUCAUAGAAAAUAUGAUUAAUGAAAGAGAGGAAAAAUACAAAACUAAUUUAAACAAAUCUUGAGGAAAAAAAAGUUAUGUUGUCCUGUUGGACUUUUGGUCCACAGAGAAAGAAGAUAUACGUCUUCACCAAAUCCUUAAAAUACUAAUUGGAAUUGAGAUGCAUUAAAAGAAACAUCACCUUUGUGUUGGAAGCAUGGAAGGUUUCACACACACUAAGACAAACAUAUCCUUGUAAGCAACUUUUGUUUCUUUUCAUAUGUCCCAGCUGUUCAUCUUUCAUCAGUUUGCAGGAAUGAGGCUGAUUUAUGUACAUCUCUCCUGUGAAAGAGUGAUAAACACAGUGACCUCUGGAACUCAAGACUUAAAGUCAAGGCACUAAUCUAGUAAGGGAGCAAAUUAUUACCAAGGGCAAUAAAAUAGUGGGCCCAGCUGUCUCCAAUUCGGUGGCAAAUUUACAACAUUAUGCAAAUAAGGUCAGCAAGUAAGGUCUUUCUCUGUGUGUUAACUCAAGCACUGCCGGAGUGAAUCACAAGUUGGGAAUCAUUAGAUCGAUCACCAUCCGUCAACACAGAUGUAGAAUUUAGGUUGCAUAUUGCAUUUUAGAUGCAUAAUUAUUUGUUUAAAAAUGCAGAAGGUGUGCCACAGUUUCCAUAUUUUACAAUUUUAGUGCACUUCAAUCAAUAUACCAAUAUUUACAGGUGUAACUUCAGCCUCACCACGAAACUUAAGUAGAUCCAGAUGUCAGUGUUCUAGACUGGCUCUGGUCUUUAGAAACCUUCUGUAUCACAUUUGUUCGAUAAAUUUAUCACAAUGUUUUGUUUUGGUUUUUUUUUACUUUUCUAUUUAGUUCUUUUCAUUGUGUCUUAAGUCAAUGAUGCUGUCAAUCAAAUUUUGUGUUGCUUUACCACUGUAUCCAUCUUAGAACCAAGAGAAUGGUCAAAUGGAUUUGUUGAUUCUGAAGUCGGAGAAACAGUCUGUUUUCUAUUAAAUGAACGCAUAAAUAAAAAGGUCUGCAGUGA